AUGCGGUGGCGGCGAAGGAUGGUGGUGGUACAUGGCGGCUGCGGUGACAUAAUGGUUAUUAAUGUAAAGAUGUUGGCGUUGAUUGUGAGCCAUGCAGCAGCAGCUCAUGUGAGUAGUAGUCCUGAAGCAUAUUGGAAAUCGGUGUUGCCAAACACUCCAAUCCCCAAAUCUGUCUCCGAACUCCUCAAAAUUGAUACACCACCUGGAACCCGUGCUGAGGAAGCUCACUCCGUCAGCAUUGAUGCCAUCAUAGAUGGUCCACCAGCUACUCAUGUUGAUAUAAUUACCGGCGUUGGUGAACAAGGGGCCAAGCAUAAUUCACCUGCUAAUUACGGGACAACAGGGGCACUUCUCUUCCUCGAAAAAGAUAUGUACCAUCAAAGCCACCUAAAGAAGACCUUAAAAUUCACCAAAAAAUUAACCAUUCCAUCUUCAACUUUUUUACCACGUGAAGUGGCUAACACAAUACCCUUUUCAUCAAACAACCUUCCCGAAUUGUACACACGUUUCUCCAUCAAACCCCGGUCUAAAGAAUCCGAAUCAAUGAAGAAAUCUAUCAGUUUAUGUGAAGACGAGGCAUUGAAAGGCGAGGAGAAGUAUUGUGCAACUUCCUUAGAAGACAUGGUGGAUUUCACCACAUCUAAGUUAGGUAAAAAGGUCAAAGCUAUCUCCACAGAGGUGAUUCACCCAAACAAAUUGCAAAAGUACACCAUGGACAGCUCAAGGAAGUUGGCAACAAGUGAAUUUGUGAAUUGUCACAGACUGAGCUACCCGUAUCCUGUAUUCUAUUGUCACAAAGUCAUCUCUACGAGAGCGUAUUCGAUAUCCUUGUCUGGUGAAGAUGGUACUAAAGCUAAAGCACUUGCAAUAUGUCACGAUAACGGCGCAAAAUUGUAUUCUAAAGAUUUGGUGCUCAAGGUUUUGGGAGUGACACCAGGGUCUGCUCAAAUUUGUCAUUUCCUACCCGAAGACCAUGUCGUCUUUGUCCCUUACUAA